GUUCUUGGGCUGGGUCUUCAGUUCGGUUGUAGAAGCUGGCCACGACGGUGGAAGGUGAAAAGAAAACUAGGCUGUAAUCCGCGUGUGACUCUGUGGGCGGUGUCCGUAGUGACCUUGAUUACUAAUUGCGAUUUCACCAAAGAUGAAAUGGAAGAUGUCGGAUUGAUAAUGUAGAACAUUUUUAAAACGGUGGUGUGUGACGGUUUUUCCGAACAUUUAGGGUUGUGAGAUUAUAUUACGAGGUCUUUUGUGACAGUUUUACACGACUUCUGGGACUUGCGACUGGUUAAUUAGCUAUCCAGUGUGUCUUCCUGUUAAACGGAGAUAAAAAAGAUCGAGUGUUUUUAUACUCUUUCAAAUUAUCAUUGAACGUGUUUUUUUUUUCAAAAAACAGUUUACAUCAAAAGAAAUUUGAACUUUUGACGUUUGUUACAGCGAAUAUUGUUAACAAGUUUAUUUACUUUGAACCUACAUAUGUUUUAUACAGACCUAUAGUGUACAGAAUAUAUUCUUUAGUGAAUGAAUUUAUAUCAGAACUACACGUGGUGUUAAUGUAUUGGGAAUAAAAUAUUUAUUCAAAAAUAUAUUCAAAUAUAUCAAUUGUAUAUGGUUUUAAUGGAUUUCUAUCGUAUGAAAUAUAUUCUUGGAUGAAUUUACUUAAGUCGGACUGUACGUGGUGCUACUGGACCUGUCUUGAAAUCAAUUAAUUAAAUGACCUUGAAACUGUAAUUACUUUCUUCUCCCAUCUACUGCACUGUUUCAAAGCGAGAAAAUUGUACUUGCAACAGAAGUGGCCUUGUUCUCUUCGCAAUGGAAACGUGUGUAUUAAUUCCACAGGAGUUUUCCUUGGUUCUGACGACAGAAUCUGCGCCUGUUGUGACAGCAUCGUCCCCUGCGGUGGACAGGAAUGCAAACAAGUUGCCGGAGAUGAGGGUGAAUGUAUGGACCAACGCACGUAUCCCCCAGGGAACACUCAUCUACCCUUUCCAAGGAACUAUACGUCUUGACAAACUUGAAGUCUACAGCUGCUUGGAUGACAAUGAUAUUCGGCACCGAUUCGGUUGUUAUGACGAGAUCACGGAGGUGGAUCGACGCCGUGUACGUCACUGCAACUGGGUUCGAUUCUUGCGUGCUGCUUCCACUUACAGUGACGAGGUGAAUCUCAUCGGUACAAAGGUUAAAGGAGAACCGCUUUAUGAAGCCGUGAAGAGUAUUCCUGCAAAUUCCGAACUUGUCGUGUAUUUCCUCCCAGAACGGCACGAGGAAGUCUUGUUUAUGCCAGCGGUCCAUUAUCUUCGAAACUCCCUGUAUCGGCGUACCAUGGACACAAUCCUGGAAGACUCCCCGCUGGACCUCUCGAUGUCUCUGCUGUCCCGGGUCUUCAUCUCCUCCUCACCUCCCAGCGGUGGCGACACUGAUGAGCGCAAGUCAGUAUCUGGUGAGUCGCUGUCAUCUGCCGCGUCCUCGGCCGGCGAUCUCCUGGACACGCUACGUCACGACGCCUGCGCCACCCUGCUCCAGCCCUCGCCCAAAUCCCGCCCACCACGGGGCGAGAGGACGCUACUUCCGUGCGAAGUUUGUGGCAAGGCGUUCGACCGACCGUCGUUACUCAAGAGGCACAUGCGAACGCACACGGGUGAGAAGCCACACGUGUGCCUCGUGUGCAGCAAAGGGUUCUCCACAUCGAGUUCUCUCAACACACAUCGACGUAUCCACAGCGGGGAAAAACCACACCAGUGCCAGGUGUGUGGCAAACGUUUCACUGCCAGCUCCAACCUCUACUAUCAUCGCAUGACACACAUAAAGGAGAAGCCACACAAGUGCGGACUCUGUUCGAAGUCUUUCCCGACGCCAGGGGACCUCAAGUCUCAUAUGUACGUCCACAAUGGGUCUUGGCCUUUCAAAUGCCAUAUCUGUAAUCGCGGCUUCAGCAAGCACACCAACCUCAAGAACCACCUAUUCCUCCAUACAGGAGACAAGCCGCAUGCAUGCGAGCUAUGCCAUAAGAAGUUCGCACUAGCCUGCAAUUUGAGGGCACAUAUGAAAACACAUGAGGGUGAUCCUCAGGAAGAAUGCGUCCGCUGCGGAAAAGUCUACCUGACUUCCUCGAACCAAGUUGCUCACGGUUUCUGUGGACCUUGCUACGCGGCCAAUCAAGGUCUUCCGCUCGUCAAGGAAUCUUCACCGUCGUCCCUGAGGUCAUGCGGAGAUUCGGGCAGCGAGGAAUCUUGCACCACGGGGACAGAACGUGACGAAGAGGACAGCCAUCUUGAGUGAGCAUUUCUAAGACUUUUCUCCUCUGCACAAGAAAGUGCAGGAUACAGAAAGUAUGAAGCUUCCAGAGUGAAGAAUUUCCAACCCUGAGCACAGGAAGAGAUUUCCUCUUCAGUAAAACGUGGACCAGUAAAACGUCGGCAUGAAAUGUGAAAACAGCUCAAAGACUUUGAGGAAGAAGUAUUUCUGCAGUUAAGAUGAGACAUGACAUAUAUUUUCAUAUUAAAAGUAAUGAAGACAUUUUUAAAAUGUUUUCUAGAAAUUAUUAAAACAAAACUUGGCAUCGUAAGUGGUGAGCGUCGAAGUUUUGUUUGAACAAAAUUAACUGUUGUUUGCAGAUUCGCUGAGUAAAAGAAAAAAACCCCGUAUACUUCAGAGUGAAGAACGUAAGAUCAUUUGUCUGGGACAUAAUCUUACAUUUAAAUACGAUAUUCAGACAACUGAGGAACAGUUUCAUGUCGAAACGUCUAAAGUGAAGUGAGCUGAUAUUUUUUUUUUCUGUUCAAGUCAGGAACUGCGCGAUUUGACAUUAAAAAAAACCCUUACACUUUCGAUAAUUUUUUUUGCAUUUUUAAAAACGCGUAGUGUGGAACAAUAUUAAGAUUUACAGACAAAUAUGCACAGGUAGAAUUUGUACAAUCUACAGAUAUUAAUUAACGUCAUUGUAUUUAAGUGAUGUGUUUCGAAGCCAUAAAAAUUUUCCUUAAUAGACGUAACAAUUUAACUUAAACUGUUCUCUGUUAAACUUACUGGCAAAUCGAUUAACGUCAGACUCUCAAAGAAAUAGACUUUGGAAAAAUGAAGGAGAAAUGCUACGUUUGAAUUCAGAUUGUGAACUGAUUCAACAUAGUAACAAGAAACUACAGUGAGCCUGGUAACCAAUGUGUUAAAAUUAUUUUCUUAUACGUUUUUACAUCGAAGAGAAAAAUCCCCAAGUGUUCGUAGCAGGAAUUAAAGGAAAGCAUCUCGUUACACUUUAAUAGAAAUUCACAUAUCAUGCCCUUCUCCCGUUGAGAUUUGACGGGGUGCGGACAUUUGCCAUAAGACCACUCAAACUGAAUGAUGACGUAUAUUAAUUCUGCAAGACGGAUUUUCUAAACAAAUCGUAAAUAAUAAAAUAAUUAUGGAACAUCUCAUUUUAAGUAAUUACGUCUAUAAAAAUGAUAUAUUUAAUACCUUUCACAGUGAUUUCUAAGUAGAUAUGGGUACAAGAGAGGACAGCGUAGCAUUUCAAAGUGACUUCAAUACGUGGUGAAGAAGUUGAACUGUUACAAAUUUCCUAACAUUGCAGCCAUAAAACCUAUGGGUUGUUGGAACACUUUUAGGUGCCAUCUUGAGUGGGCAGAGGUUGGGGAGGUGGGGGGGGCUGAAAUUCAAGUGAGGAGAACAAUACAGAUGUCAGUACCAUCGAGGUUGCGUAAUUCGUGAUGAAACAUGUGUGUGUAAUUGUAAAGAACUGAGAUGUUACAUUUGACGUGAAAGAAUUUUAAUGAUCCCUCAAGCGGACAUAAAGUGAGGCUGGUGAACCAAGAUGGAAAUAAAAAUGGAUGAAACAAAUAGGAAUACAUGGGGCGAGUGUAGGGGUUAUCUAAGAUGAUUAAGGAAAUGUAUCACCUAUGUGUUAAAACAAACAUGACAGGCAUAACGUACUGAGGACAAAAGCGAUGUAAGGGACGCUAGCAGUAGUGGAAUCAGGUGGUGAUCGUGUGUAAAUGUAUAUUAAUGACCUUUAACCUCGUAUUUAUAUCAAUUUUGCACCCACAAGAUAAAAGUCUGAAAUUAAACAACUUGCCAGAAUCCGGAGUCAAGAAAUCGACGUCAGAAGUCGAAAGGUGAAAGACGAUAUUUUUUUAUGUGAAGUGAUUUUACUUAGAAAUUGUUAGUAAAUCGAUUGAAGACCCAUUUCUGAGAGAUGGUCAUAUCAUUAAUUUUUUUCUUUCUUUAUAAAUUCACGGAAUAUUUUUAGUACAGAUAUUUAAAUACAUUCUUAAAAUUUAAUUUGUGGGUUUUGGCUUAUGACAGAUAAGGUUACAGCCUUUUUAUCCCAGGGGAAGGAGACGCCCGUGUCUGUUGGAUAGGUCUCUCGUGGUCUCUGGAAAAGUUGUGGCGAAUUUUACCACUCAAAUGGCACUCAGUGCCGAGUUUUAGAACGUGUAAAAGUUUAAUCAGUACUCGAGAUGAAUAUUGCACUCAGAGAGGCCACAGUUUAAGAGACGAAGUGGUAAGUUUUAAUCCAUUUCGUAUUCCUGAUAUUUUUCUAUCUGGCGAGACAGAUGUUUAGUUUCCGGCUACAACCGUCCUUAAGAAUCUGGUAGAGUGAGGACUGUUUGUGUUCGUAAGUCCAAGCAGAAAUGUCUUUCUUGAGGUGCUGGUGGUCUCGCGGUUUUGAAGAAAUACAGCGACUUUUAUAGACGCGAAUUAUUUCUUUAACGUGUUCAAAAGGGCCCGCCCGUAAUCGUGACUGAGAAGAGUUUUGGUGAAAAUUUUUUUUUUUUUUUUUGGAAAAUCUUUCUUUUAUCGUUGUC